GGUACGUCCAGCAGUGAACCCUCUAGCCACCAACUGGAGGAACGCGUUGACCACGUAGUGGCGAUGCUCGGCGACAUCAGUGCUUUCGCUGCACCUACCACCAUCAGCAGUCAGCUGCAUACCUUGAAGACCGAGGUCCAGCAGCUGCAGUCGACGAACUCGGAGGACAAUCCUAAGUUGUACAAGAUGCCAACCUUCCAACUCGAGAAGUUCGACGACUACACGCAUCAGGAUCCGGUCCUCUGGUGGGAAGCAUUCACGACGCAGCUUCGGAUCCUGCCAGUCGCCAAGCACGCAUACAUCAGUGCCCUUUUCCUUAACUCAAAGGGCGCAUGCCAGACUUGGUUGACCCAUCUGGCAGCCACUCACGACGUCGACGUGGUAGAUCUUCGAGACAAGAUCACAUGGGAGGAGUUGACACGGUUGUGGAAGAAGAGGUUCAUCGUCGACGACGCGCCUUCUCUCGCCAUCAACCGCCUCUUCACCAUGACCCAAGGCAACACGGCAACACGAGACUGGCUCACGGAAUGGCAAAAGAUCGCGGCAACGCCGGAUCUGGACUUGCCAUUUACGCAUCUGUGCCGAGAGUUCGACAAUAGGUCAUGUGCUGCACUGAGCCAGACACUUGGUGAUUGCGAGCAGUACUCAACCUUCGCUGAGAUCAUCGACAAACCGAGGGAGAUCAUCAAGACUAAUAGGGCGGCUGCACACGAGAAAUCAGCAUGGCAGCCAACCUAUGUGGAGAAGGUAAAGACUGGUCCGCGGCAACAGCAUUUCGCUGCAGUCCAAUCGGACAGUGGAGACGACCCGGCAACCACCACGGCAUCAAGUGAAGGAGAUCAGGUGGCUGCUGUCCAGCCGAGAAGCACCAACUAGAAACUGAGUAGCGCGGGAGGUGAGGCGACUCCACCUCCCACUCCGCCAGAUCCGGCCGCCUUGCUAGCGGCCUCCUACACAUCUGGGGAGGAUGCGAAUGUCGCAAGUUCUCGUGUCACUUACGAGGACUAUGCUAUCCACUUGGUCCCACCGYUGGACCAACCACUCCACGUGCAACACUCCACCGCAUGCACGGUUUCAUCUCCAUCGGCAACCGAUUCGACAGUUCCGCCAUCAUUUACCUCAGGGGAUUCGUCGAUGUGGUCAAGACUUGAAGAGCUCGACCCGUUGACAGUUGCGGACUUCCAGUGGAUGCCCGUUCCCCCGACCGGUCGAUUGUCGAAACCGCAUUACAAUGUGCUCAUGGCACAAUUGCGCGAGUAUUUGCACACUGCAGUACCAACUCCGUUGAUGGACGCCGGAGUAGAGGUUGUCGACCUUCAAGAGUACAUCGCGAAGAUCGACCGCGAGUUCAAGACACAACGGUACGACGACAUUGACGCACCAUUGUUGUAUGUACGCAUUCAGAUCAGAGAGGCGACCUGCAGCGCCUUGAUCGAUUGCGGUGCAACUCGCAACUACAUGAGUCUGGAGUUCAUGGUACGCGCCGGCCUUGGCCCACGCGUCAGGAGGAAGUCCCAUCCGACACACGUGACGUUGGCCGAUGGUCACACGCACAAGUCAAUUGACCGGUGCAUUGACAACGUCCCUGUGUAUUUCGCCCCGCAUGCACGCGAGGCCGUGUCCUUCGACAUUCUGGACACUAAGUUCGACAUGAUUUUGGGUAUGUCAUGGCUGCGAAGUGAGGACCACCCGGUGAACUUCUACCGCCGCACCGUUCACGUUCGUGACCGGGAUGGAGUACUAGUCCCAUGCACGRUGCCUCCUCCUCACCCUUCGAUCAGCUGUCACGUGGUGUCCGCCGCAAGUAUUCGAGRWUCCAUCAUCARGGAUGACAUUGAGGAGAUGGGGGUGUGUUUUCUCCACGCCCUCCCGCCCCAGGACACCCCAUUGACGGACGCAUCAUCGGACCCACGCAUCACCGAGCUUCUCGCCACUUAUAGUGACGUGUCCGAGGCCCCGCACGAAUACGAGGAAGAGUUAAGUGUGCUACGGGCACAACUCGAUGACCUUCUGGAGAAAGGCUGGAUUCGGCCUAGCUCUUUGCCAUACGGUGCGCCUGUUCUCUUCGUCCGGAAGAAGAACAAGGAUUUGCGGUUGUGCAUCGACUAUCGUAAGCUCAACGUGCAAACGGUCAAGAACGCCGGCCCUCUGCCACGCAUCGACGAUCUCCUGGAGCGACUGGGCGGCGCCAAGUUCUUCUCGAAGUUGGACCUCAAGUCGGGUUAUCACCAACUUGAGAUUCGCCCGGAGGACCGAUACAAGACCGCGUUUAAAACGCGAUAUGGGCAUUUCGAAUGGCUGGUCAUGUCGUUUGGCCUUACGAAUGCCCCAACCACAUUCCAGGCGGCUAUGACAUUGGAGUUYCKACACAUGCUGGAUCGUUUCGUACUCAUCUACCUCGACGACAUCUUGGUGUACAGUCGGAGUUUGGACGAGCAUGUGGAGCACCUGCGCACCGUUCUGGAACGGCUACGACAGGCCAAGUACAAAGCCAACCGCGACAAAUGCGAAUUCGCGCGGCAAGAGUUGGAGUACUUGGGACACUAUGUGACGCCGCAAGGCAUCCGUCCGCUUGCGGACAAGAUUGAGGCCAUCCGCGUAUGGCCCGAGCCCUCCAACACCACGGACGUUCGUUCAUUCAUGGGGUUGGCAGGCUAUUAUCAGCGUCUCAUCACCGGAUACUCAAAGAUUGCCGCACCUCUGACGAGACUACAAUCGCCAAAGGAGUCGGAGACGACGAUGAAACCCAGUUCAGCUGGGCAUCCACAGACAGAAGGGCAGACGGAGCGGGCUCAUCAGACCGCUCAAAUGAUGCUUCGUACGCUCAUCCGUUCGGACCAGAAACAUUGGGUUGACCGCCUCCCCGACAUCGAGUUCGCCUACAACACUUCAGUGCGCCCGGCGAUCGGUGUGACUCCAUUCGAGUUGCACCACGGUGGACGGAAAGGCCGUAUCUUCGCUGAUCUUCUCCUCCCUCGACCAGCCGACAUUGACGCCGCUUGCUCUCCCGCUUCCGUCCGGAAGUACAGGGAAUUGCUGGCUCAAGCCCGCGCAAACAUGCAAAAGGCUCARCUCCGCAUGCAGCAGCAAGCCAACAGGCGCCGCGUACCAUGUCCCAUCCGCGCCGGAGAUCGAGUUUGGGUCUUCUCGGAAGAGUUUGCAUUGGAACAGGAUGUCUCACGCAAACUACUCUCUAAGUGGUUUGGACCAUGUACAGUGACAUCAGCCGCGGGCGAUGAGCCCGAUGGCCCUUCAUUUGUGAUCGACAUUCCUUAGCAUCUGACGGUCCAUCCAGUCUUUCACGCGUCGAAGCUGGCAACAUAUACACUAGCUAAGAGCGAUGACUUCCCGGGCCGA